AUGGCUAUCAGCUCCCCCCUCAUUCCCGUUAUCCCCAUGUUGCUUAUACUCAGCUUAUUCUACCUCGAGCCAGUGUUCGACCUCCUGCGGAUGCAUUGGGUUGCAAGCAUGACGCGGAAAGUAAAAGGAUUCUUUGAAUCAAAGCGAAGCCUCGAAGCCCAAAACCGAUGGAUCGACGCUAUGAAGGACACCACUCUGCAGCAUUAUGAGGCUAUGCAAGCAAAGGCAUGCAUCAAACAGCAAGCCCUAGAUUUACUUUGCACCGAAGAACACAAAGACUUGGUAGCAUCUGUGUUGGCCGGCCAAGGAGAGUCAUUGAUCUGGAACAACAAGGAGCUCUGGAACGUUGGUCAAGAGCAGCACGAGCUUCGUAUCCGCAAACCCAAAGGUGCACGAGUCAGAGAAUACCAGAUGACUGUAUGCCGGCGACAAAGGUUUCUGGAAGAGAACCCUGUGAAAUUCAUGUCACAGCCGGAGAGGCACGUCAACCCAACUCACGAUUUUCGCAACACUACAGCCGGCCGCAGAGGAUUCCUUCCAACGGGAGGUGCUUUUGUCCUUGUCGCCAACGGGAUGGAUGGACUGAGGGAACCCUUAGACGGCCUUAGAGGCUCCCGACUGAAGGCCCAUCACACAUUUGAUUUUGCAAUCCUAGUCAAGGCCACAUUGUUAGCAGGAGGAGCUUCCCGUCGACCUUUGCUUACUCAAUGA